AUGAAAAAUUUGAUAGAAAAAGACUCGCGAAAUGAAGGCCGAACUCACAGGUCACUUACAGAACUCUUGCCGAAGGUCUACGCUACAGCAACACAACUCAUCAUUUCAAAAAACGAGCUGGCCUUGCCGAACAGCAAGGCCCAUGGAAAAAUUGUGGGGACUUGCAAAGACAACAAAAUUUUGGCCUUGCCGAACACUCACAUCAAACACCCUUGCCGAAGACAAAUAGACAAUUUUUCGAAAGGGAAUCAAGCACACAAAUUCUUGCUGAGGAUAGAGACACCAAACCUUGCUGAGAUGCUCCAUUGCCGAACCCACGACAAAGCUCACAACAGUCACAAUCCCAAGUCCACACUCGUCGAAUCUGAUCCGGCUCUCCUUGCCCAACGACAAUGUUAUACAGCGGCUCCAGAGACCCACUCUUACGAAGCCAACAAACUUGAGGAGCUGUAG